AUGUUGUUCAGCGAGAAAUUAGACUUGAAGCUUAUAAAAUUCGUUAAAGAAAACCCAGUGUUGUACGAUUACAAUAAUGUCAAAUACAUGGACUUUAAUGCUAGAGAGGUCGCCUGGCAGAAGAUCGGCGACGAGUUAAAGCGCCCUGCUGUGGACUGUAAAGUCAGAUGGAUAAACAUAAGAGACGUGUACCGACGUAUACUCCGAAAAAGUAUUUGCAAUCAAGAUCAACGAACGAAAAAGUACAAAUAUGAAAAUGAAUUGGCUUUCAUGAGGCCAUUUUACAAAGAUGUGUUUGUACAAAAUGGUGAUUUCGAAUCGGAUAGUAAAAGCAACGACCAGGGAAAUGAUGACGGCUAUGAUGAUGCUCCCAAUAGCGAUGAUGAUGAAGAUGAGAAGCCAAUUCGAAAACUGAAAAUUAAGAGAUCUUGUAAAACUAGCUCUAAAAAGAAAAAGAAGAGAAGUUAUGAAGAAGAAGAAAAACCAACAGAUAUACCAUUCAAUGAGUCUACCUUAUCUUCCGACUUUGAUCCCACAGAUCCUGUAGACGCCUUUUUAAUGAGCAUUGGAUCAACACUAAAAACAUUUUCGCCUUAUCAUUUAAAUUUGGCGAAAAGUAAAAUAUUUGCAGUGGUCCAAGAACAUGAUUUGCAGCAGAUUAUGCAAAAACAACGCCCCGAGGGAUCGUCACAUGAAGACAUAACAACUAAUUCAGUAUUUAUGCAAUAA